AUGGAAAACCAAACCACAGUGAAUGAGUUUAUUCUUCUGGGACUUUCCACAGAUCCAUUGCUACAGACUUUGAUGUUUAUGGUGUUUUUAGUUAUUUACCUAAUAACCUUAGUGGGGAACUUGGUGAUCAUGUGGGUAAUUAAGGCAGAUCCUAAACUCCAUACUCCUAUGUACUUUUUCCUCUUCCAUUUAUCCUUUGUUGAUAUCUGCUAUUCCUCAACCGUUGUCCCUAAGGUGCUGGUGAACUUCUCAGUAGCAACAAAAACCAUUUCUGUCAAUGUCUGCAUUACCCAGAUGUUUUUUAUCCUUCUGGCUGGUUGUAGUGAAGUUUUCAUUCUCUCAGCAAUGGCUUAUGAUCGAUACACUGCCAUAUGUGAUCCACUGCAUUACAUAGAGACCAUGAGCAAACAAGUCUGCAGUCAGCUGGUGGGUGGUGCAUGGACUGUUGGGUGUCUCUAUUCAUUGUUAAACACCCUUUCUGUAUUAAACUUACACUUCUGUGGACCCAAUGAAAUCAACCAUUUCAGCUGUGAGAUUCCUCCACUACUGGUCUUGUCCUGCUCUGAGACCUUCUUCAAUCAAGUGGUGCUUCUUACUUCUACGAUGAUAUUAGGGUCAAAUUCCUUCCUUUUCAUCCUGGUCUCUUAUAUUUACAUCAUCUCCACCAUCCUGAGGAUGCACUCCAAAGAGGGCAGGCGUAAAGCCUUCUCCACCUGCAGCUCCCACCUGAUUGUGAUUGGCUUAUACUACCUAGCUGCUUUUUGUCAUUAUGCAAAACCUAUUUCAAGCACAUCUUUGCUAGGUCUAGACAAACUAGUCUCCAUCCAGUAUAGUAUUUUAACCCCCAUGUUAAACCCUAUCAUCUACACCCUGAAAAACAAAGAAGUGAAAACGGCCCUAGGGAAAAUGUUACGGGAAAUCAUAUUUUUCAGUCGUGGGUAG